AACCCACACGUGGUCCGGGUCUUGGGUCUUGUUUAGCACCGCGCACACACACACGACUUGUUUCCCUCGGACCGACUCGUGCCCGCGAGCUGCCCGCGUCUCUCACUGCGGGGGCAGAUCGGAACGGAACGGAACUUUUUUUUAUUUAUUUAUUUUAAAGACUAACUUAACUUAACUACUCCAGAAAAAAAUCCAAAAUGCCGUCUUUCCCCCGCAACCAGUUUGCUGACCUGGAAGAGAUGAUGUGCAAGCAGUUGCUGAAUCUCGACUUGAGGGAGCAGACGCGCUCGCCGGCGUCGCUCGGCGACGCCGCGAGGACGCCGGGCCGCGUCGGGCAGCCUCGCGGCACCGCGUCCUUCUCCCUCUCGUCGCUCUCCUGCCUCCCCGCCGACCCGUCGGACGCCGUCUUCCUGACCGCCGACCAGUGGGGGCGGCGGCCGGAGAGCCCUCUGCCCGCCCGGCUCAUCGGCUCCUCCGAGUGGGGCAAGUCCGGCUUCCUCGCCCAGCGCUCCGUCAGCAUGGUGGAGACCGGCAGCGCCGCCGCCGCCGGCCUCGCCUGGCCCGACGCGACGCACUCCCGCAGCGACGCGGGCUCCUCCCCCUCGCCCGGCUCCUCCUCCUCCUCCUCCUCGUCCCGCUACAAGACGGAGCUGUGCCGCUCGUUCACCGAGAGCGGCCUGUGCAAGUACGGCGGCAAGUGCCAGUUCGCCCACGGGCUGGACGAGCUGCGGGAUCUCAACCGGCACCCCAAGUACAAGACGGAGCCGUGCCGCACGUUCCACACCGUGGGCUUCUGCCCCUACGGCAUCCGCUGCCACUUCGUCCACAACAACGAGGAAGAGGAGAUGAAGCUGGCCCUCUCUCGCUCCUCCUCGUCCUCGGGCGUCCCGCCGCCGUCUUCUUUCCGCUCGCCCCGGCCGCCUCUCGUCCGGCAGAGCUUCAGCUUCGCCGGGUUUCCCUCGGCCCCGCUGCAGCUCCCCGUUCCCUUCGCCCGCGCUCCGUCGGCCUCUCCUCCUCCUCCUCCUCCCUCCUGCGCCGACAUCACCGACCUCCUCUCUCACGCCUUCCUGGAGAUGGACUCCGCCUUCGAGGCCUCCCCCGCCCACCUGUACCCGCCCCCCGCCGCCGCCGCCGCCACAACGGACCCCCCGGGGUCUCCGUUCCUGCCCUCGCCGGACUCCGGCUGCUCCCCGAGCGGUCUGUCUCCGGCCACCUCCCCUCCCCCGAGGCUGAGCCCCGGCGCCGCCGGGCUGUUCCCGGGCCCGCUGGGCGCCCGCUCCCCGUCCUACGCCUCCCUGUCGGACCAGGACCAGGACGGCGGCGGCGGCGGCAGCUCCUCCAGCUCGCUCAGCGGCUCCGAGUCCAACGACGUCAGCGGCCGGCGCCUCGCCGUGUUCAGCCAGCUCUCCGUUCCCGAGGACGCCGCCGGGCUCUGCCUCUAGGCCGCGGCGGCGCAGACGCAUUGUUUUAUAUUUUUAUAUAUUUACACAUUGGGACACAAACAUGCAGACACUGCGAUAUUCAACAUAAUAUAUAUAUAUAUUGUACACGUGUAUAUCCAGAGUCAAGAAUACACGACGCUCUCACACGAGAACCCUGUGAAUGCAGACGUGCUCUCUCUCUCUCUCUCUCUCUCUCUCUCUGUCUCUCUCUCUGUGUGUCUCUAUGUCUCUCUCUCACUGCACUGACACCUCAGACGUUUUUUUGCUCCUGUGGCUUCAAAGGAAGAAAAAAAACAAAGACUUGCCAACUAAAUCAGAAAAGCGCCGAGAGAUUUGCUUCAUUUGAUUUCUGUAGUUUAAAGUCGCCGUCUCUGUCUCUCUCUUUCUCUCUCUCUCUAUCUCUAUCUCUCUCUUUCUCUCGCUCGCUCAUGCGUUAAGGGAAGCGGCGGGCGAAGAACCUGAAAUGUGUGUUUUUUGCCACAAACUGUAUUAAAUCAAGACGAGAAGUUUAAAAAGUGCCGCGGGGCGUUUUGACGCUUAACCAAAAUCGUAAUAUUUAAGAUGGCGGCAAAAAAGCAAAAGUAUUGUAAUCACAGUGAUCGGCCUCGUCGCCGCCCGGGUCCAGCCACGCCGUCUCGAGGACCUUUUUUUUUUUUUAUAUACCAACUUUACAAAAAUGUGACCAAGCCAAAGACGUCGUGAUUAUGGUCGCCUCGACCUCGCCGCGUCGUCGGACGUGUUUUUUCUCCUCGUGAAUCCGGUCUCGAGGUUCACGUUCCGAUCGCCUCGGGGGAAAAAACCUUUGAAUGUUCCGGUUUUUUUUAAACAAUUGAAAGUGCCUGUUGCGUUAUUCCACCAGGUCGUGGUUCGUUUGGGGGGGGGUGGGUUCUCUUUAUUUAGUCAAAUAAGCUAAGAGUUCAAGUCUCGUUGUCGUUGAGACGGACUACAAGUGUUCUUUUGUUGCUCGUGCGUUAUCGAUAAACUGCCACCAGUAGAAUGACCUGAUGUAACCUGGGGGGGGGGGGGGGGGGUGCUUUUCUCACUUUGGCGUAAAAAGGACAUUUUUAAACGCGUGACUCCGUCGCGUCCCGUUUUUACCUUCUCGGCAUUUUUCCCCCUAAAAUACUCGGCGGUGCUAAAAAAAAGAAAAAGUAUUUUUAGAUUAUCUUAAACACGACUUUCCCUGGAGUGCCCCCCCCCCUCCCUCCUUCUGUGUCCAAAGGCAGCACUGGUGUUAAAUAUUGUUGAUUUUUUUUUUUUUUUGUGCACCCAAUAUUUUCAUCUCUCCGUCGACAGAUUAAUUCUUCCGUUUAUGGCUUUUGUUCAGAAUGUGGAGCGUUGCCGGCCACGUGUGUGUGUGUGUGUGAGAGCCGUGGUGCCUUACUGAGCUCUUCCGUAGGGUUAUUAUGGUAUGUCCGCUUACUGUUCUAGAACUGUUCCCCGUGUGUUUAUGCCGUUCGAGGAGCAGACGGCGUGCUGUUGCUGGUCUAUUUAAAAAUGUUUAAAAAAUCGCCUUUUUCCAUCGACGCGUUUCGAGGCCUGUUUAGUGUUUAAAGGCGAUUUAUCUUUCGUAAAUUAAUUUCUUUAAUUUAUUUUAACAUAUUUAUAGAGGACUUUGAGUUGGUGAUGCUUGUAUCAAGUUUAAUAUAUUUGGUUUCUCUUUUCUUGUCUUUUUUUUUUUUUUUUGCUAUUUUGUACUGGAAAUAAAGUUUUUUUUGGAAUUUUUUUUUAAACUAACGUUUUGUUUGUUUUCCUUUUUUAAAAAAAUUGUGUUUCCUGUUCAUUAAGUUACGUACGUGUCGCACGUCCGCUCGUAACCCUCCGUGCUGAUGAUGCAACAAUGCAUAUGUUCCGAGACACGUAUGUUUCCUUCGACUUUCUGCCUCGAUGUGCUGGCGUGGGCAACAGUGUGCACACGCUAGUGAACAAGGAAGGAAGGAAGCAGGAAACCAGUGAACUGUCGAUUGUGAUUUUCAUUGUAGAUCACAUGACAUGCAGUGAAGGGCCACUGGGGGAAAUGCAUAAACACACAAUGUCUAAAGUAAAAAUGACUGGUAAGUUAUUUGUGUUUUUAUGGACACAAUUAUUUUUGGAUGUAGAAUUUUUGAUUCAUUUAAUUUAAUUAUUUUACUUUGUCUGAAAGCUUCCACCACCAAAAUCACACCGUACUGGGAAGACAUUAUUAAAUAAAAGUUGCUUUAUGAUUAUGAGAAAUACAAUAUACUCACUCAAAUUGUAUUUUCAGACUACAGAUUAUUACUCGGUUACCUCAGCGUGUUUAAACAAAGACUAGAAACUUCUAUAUUCAUCCACAACAUAUUACACCAUACACACACACAAGUUUAUGCGACGGGUCCUCGGGGUCCCGGAGGAAAUUGC